AGAGACCAAUGGCUGCGGCCACAGCUGCGGCGCUGGAAUCCUGGCAGGCGGCGGCUCCGCGGAAGAGGCGCUCGGCGGCUAGACGGCCGCGGCGGAGGGAGGCGGCGACCCGAAGCCCCGAGGCGGAGUUCGAGUCUGACAGCGGAGUCGUGCUUCGUCGCAUCUGGGAGGCUGAGAAGGACCUGUUUAUCUCUGAUUUCUGGAGUUCAGCACUAGAAACCAUCAAUAGAUGUCUCACAAAACAUCUGGAACAACUGAAGGCCCCUAUGGGGACUCUUUCGGACAUCUUUGGAAACCUGCAUCUUGACUCAUUGCCAGAGGAGUCAGAUGUGGCCCCUGAUUCUAUCCCAAGAGAGACCCUAGUCACAGGAACCUGCCAUUUGAAGUGUGUGUGUUACGGCAUUGGGAACUUUGCCACCUGCAUCAUAGCUAGAAACCAGCUAACGUUUUUGCUGCUUUUGUUGGAAAAGUGCCAGAUUCCCAGAAGUCACUGUUGGGUAUAUGACCCUCUGUUUAGCCAACUUGAAAUUGAAGUACUUAACACCCUUGGUGUGACUGUUCUCAGUGGGAACGAGGAAGGGAAACGGAGUAUUCGCGGGGAGCCUACCAUCUUUUACAUGGUCCAUUGUGGGACGGCCUUGUACAACAAUCUUUUAUGGAGUAACUGGUCUGUAGAUGCCCUUUCUAAGAUGGUCAUCAUUGGGAACAGUUUCAAAGGACUUGAGGAGAGGUUGUUGGCAAGGAUUCUGCAGAAAAAUUAUCCCUACAUUGCCAAGAUUUUAAAAGGACUGGAGGAGCUUGAGUUUCCUCAGACUUCACAAUACAUGGACAUAUUUAAUGAUACUUCUGUCCACUGGUUCCCUGUGCAAAAGCUAGAACAGCUCUCCACAGAUAUUUGGGAAUUUCAGGAAGAACCAGAUUAUCAGGACUGUGAGGACCUAGAAAUCAUCAGGAACAAGAGAGAAGAUCCUUCUGCUACUGACUGAACUCGCUAUGAGGUACUCAGUGUUGGCUGAGGUAGAAGCUGCCACCGGAGACUAAAGGGAAGGCUGCCAUGGAGGAACUACAGAGAACUCCUUUGCCAGGAAAGAACAUCAACUUGGCUGUCCUGUUUUGAGGACGAUACCCCACAUGAGGACUUGGUAUAAAGAUUCCUGCACUAAGUGGCAUCGUCCCGUUUUACAUCCUUCCCUCGUGACCUGGCCUGAUGUGGAGUAGCUCCUGAGUAAAGAAGUUACCCUUUUGAAGGUGA